CUGUUUGCCAGUGACGUCACUUCCGGGCACCUUUCGCGCAUCAACAGCUGGGACGACAAACAUCGCUCAGAGAAAUACAGCUCCAGAUGAUCCAUUGCUGGCGAGUCAGAGUGAACACUUCCUUUCCCUCUUGCUCCUUCUUUUCUUCCUCUACAUCCACCGGUGAUGCUUCCCUGCUGCACCUUCCUCUCACGCUACACCCACCAUCACUUGGUCACCUUCCUCCUCACCUUCUUUAGCUAUGUGUUGUUGCACGCUUCACGUAAGACUUUCAGCAAUGUGAAAGUGAGCAUCUCAGCACAGUGGACCCCUUCAGUGCAGAAUGGCAGCUUUCCUGCCUUUUCCCCCAGAGAGAAGUGGGAAGAGAAUCGUCUGUUUGCAGAUACUGAGGAGGCCACACUGUUUUUGGGUGUCCUGGACACCAUAUUUCUCUUCUCUUAUGCCGUGGGAUUGUACAUUAGUGGUAUCAUAGGUGACCGUUUGGACCUUCGUUACGUUCUCUCCUUUGGACUGUGUGGCUCAGCUGUGGUGGAGUUUGUUUUUGGCACUCUGACAGAAUGGCUGAAGUUUUAUAACGUGUAUUUCUACUGCUGUCUGUGGGUGCUAAAUGGCCUGUUGCAGUCUGCAGUUUGGCCCUGUGUGGUGGCCGUCAUGGGCAACUGGUUUGGCAAAUCUGGCCGAGGCUUUGUGUUCGGCUUGUGGAGUGCGUGUGCAUCAGUGGGAAAUAUUCUAGGAGCAUUUCUGGCCUCCAGUGUUCUGAAGUAUGGCUAUGAGUACGCGUUCCUGGUGACAUCGGUGGUGCAGUUUGCAGGUGGAAUAGUCGUGUUUUUCGGUCUGCUCACCUCCCCAAAGGAAGUGGGUCUGUGUGAAGGCCCUGUAACAGGUCUAACAACAGUGGAGAGAGACACAGACAGUCAUCGGCCACUCAUGAGUGACAAUGAGGAGGAGGAGGAUGAGGAUGAGGAUGAAGUGGUGUGUGACGGAGGAUACUAUUCCGUACAAAAGCAGGAUGAUGAUGGGCCUGAGCCCCAAACCAAAGCCAUUGGCUUCUUCAAGGCCUUCUGUCUACCCGGAGUUAUACCUUACUCUCUUGCCUACGCUUGCCUGAAACUGGUGAACUACUCCUUCUUCUUUUGGCUGCCAUUUUAUCUGAGCAACAACUUUGGCUGGAAGGAGGCAGAAGCAGACCGACUGUCUGUGUGGUAUGACGUGGGAGGGAUCAUCGGAGGAACUGUGCAGGGUCUGAUCUCAGAUUUGCUGGGGAAAAGAGCUCCUGUGCUGUGUAUUAGUUUGCUGCUAGCUAUGCUAGCACUAGUGGGAUACAGCCACUCUCCGAAUAAGCAGAUUGUGAAUGGAGUGCUUUUAGCAACUACAGGUUUCUUCAUUGGUGGUCCAUCUAACAUGAUAAGCUCAGCAAUUUCAGCAGACCUGGGUCGACAGGAAGCCCUGCAGGGACAUCAGGAGGCUUUGGCCACUGUCACAGGCAUAGUGGAUGGAACUGGCAGCAUCGGGGCUGCUGGAGGGCAGUACCUGGUUUCACUCAUUGAGAGCAAAUUAGGAUGGAUGUGGGUCUUCUACUUCUUCAUAGUCAUGACGGGAUUCAGCAUUGUAUUCGUCAUACCUCUUCUUAUUAAUGACAUACGUUCCAUGUGCAGAGACAGUCAAGCAAGGACGCACCAGCUCUUGGUUCCUCUAUGUGCCAAAGUUCCAGCAGUGCUGAUAGGAACCUCCAGUCUGCGCUUACCCGUCCUCACCACACAGCUGCGGUAGAAAGCUGGCACGUCCUGGCAACGCAUCUCCUCCCACUCCACUGCGCCAGGGGUAGGAUGCUCGGUCUGGAAGUCAAAGUUCCAGCGCUGCUUGGCCACUUCCAGACUCAUGCAAAAGAGCAUGUGGAAGUCCUGCUGAAGCUGCUGGUGGUCGACUGGGCCGAAGAGGUUCCGCCGCACGCCGGUGCCCUGCAGCUUAACACCCUCCUCCACUCCUUCAAGCUCCAUGUGGUCAUACUGAGAUGAAGUUGUAGCCAUUUUGCUGUGGACAGAGGAAAUACAACACACAAAAAUUAGUUUGAGGACUGUGAUGGACUGACAUUUACUGCAGAGUCAGAUAUUGAUGUUAAGAAUAUACAUGUAAAACAAGACACUAUAAUGCAAUGGGAUUUGAACCACAGUGUGUGUCCAUCUGAGGAAGACAAAAUGUAAACCAGAAGAUGCACAAGUGUGACAAAUGUCUCACUUGAACUCAACAUUUCAGCAUGAUCUGCCACUAAUUAAAGAAAACACAUUUCAUGUGAAAAGACUCUCUUGAGGUUUGAGAGAGUUGUCAUGAUCUUACUUUUAUCUCACCUUAUUUCUCCAUAUACAGAAUCUGGACUUUUUGGAACACUAAAGCCAGCACGUCCUGAUACUGUCAACUAUUUGGAUGUAUAUUGUAGUUCUAUAUAUAUAACUAAUGCAUAACGUGAUUUACAGACUAACCCAGCUCAACCAGCUGAACAAUAUUGUGGCUCUAUGUUUUAUGUUGUAAAUGAUCAAAAUGAAUUAGAAAGCGAUACCUAAAAUUGUUUCUAGAAUUCAGCCACCCAACAGCAGUCCUCUAGCAGCAACCUGUCCUCAGCUUGCAUCCAUCCACUGUGUGAAAACACUCUGCUGCUUUUCUAGGCGUCUUAUCUAAGCUAGAUUACUUUAGAUGGAUUCUGAUUUCCUCCUUGAGGUGCGCUUUUGCCUGCCAGUGCAACAUUUACACCUUUACAGUAAAGGCUUGGUAAGCUCUAAAUAACCAAAGUGCUUGUACAAUGUU